AUGCCUAUGUUGGAAGAGGUUGAUGAAGAAGAAAAUGUGAAAUUUGCUGUUGGGGAGUCGUUGGUCUCGAGGCGAGCUCUUAAAAUUCAAAUCAAAGUGGAUGAUUCGAAGCAGCAGCGGGAAAAUAUAUUCCACACACGUCACGUCAACGAUAAGAUAUGUAGUGUGAUUAAUGAUGUGUACAAAGAGUCCCUCCUCAAUUUUGAGGAAUCUAACAUUUCCCUCCCUAGUUUGGUUAAGUCUUUGUUGCAGGAUUUUGAAGAUGUGUUUCUAGAGGAUGUGCCAAGUGGAUUGCCACCAAUUCAAGGCAUUGAGCACCAGAUUGACUUCAUACUUGGAGCUGUCAUUCCAAACCGACCGACUUACAGAAGUAAGUCCAAGGAGACAAAGGAGAUUCAGAAGUAUGUGGAGAAGUUGAGGAGCAAUAGCUAUAUAAGAGAGAGCAUGAGUCCAUGUACUAUGCCCAUUCUAUUGGUACUGAAGAAAGAUCAGACUUAA